AUGUCUACAAACCCACAACAAAAAAUGAACAAUCAACCCACCACCUUCCCCCAAUUCCCUAACCUCCCCCCAGAACUCCAAGUCCUCAUCUGGGACCUGGCCCUCUCCCCCCACCUCAUCGAAUUCCACUACCUCGACCCCCGCAUCCCCUACAUCCCCACCCUCUGGUUCCGCGCCCACCGCCUCCUCCCAACAACCCUCCCACACGCCCUCCUAUCCACAGUCCGCGCCUCCCGCGCCCGCGCCCUCAGUCCCCACAUACUCACCACGCAAUCCCCCGGCAACGAUCUCUUCCCUGCAACUCAACAGGCUUCUCUCCCGUUCAACUUCCGCCCAAGCACCGAUACAAUUUACAUCCCCGCCGUUUUCGAAAAUAUCCGCUCCCUAGCCCUCGGCGGCGUGUUGCAUAAAGCUCUUUAUCGCUCCUCGUCCUCGGGCGCGGAUAUCGAGGUCCAGCAGUAUUUCAACCUCGACACGAAGCCCUUUGCGUGGGAACUCGCGGCGUUUGAAAACCUGGAGGAGGUGAUUAUCGUCGUUCCGCCGAUUGAGAGGGUAAUUGCGAUCUGGAAGGAGACGCGGAUGCAGGAGGUUCCGGCGGGGAAGAGGUAUGUGGUUGUUGAGGAUGAGGAUGAGGGGGAGUGCGAGGGGAGGGUGAGGGCGUUUGGGGAUGUGCUGGAGGAGGUGUUGGGGUUUUGGGGGAGAGAAAGGAAUGGUGAGGGGUGGGUGGUUCCAAGGGUUAGGGUGAUGGGAGAGGGGGAGUUUGGGGCGAGGUUUGGGGUCAGGAGGAGGGAGGGUGCAGAGAUUAGGGAGAGGGUGAGGGAGGCGUUUGAUAAGGCGAGGCAGAAGAGGCCUUUUGCGAUACAGUUUGAGGGAUCGGAGUGGGAGAUGAUGUUGGAUAAUGUUGGGGAGUUGGAGAAUGUAAGGGCUUUGCUUGGGAUGUUAGGGAAAGGGGAUUUGGUUGAGGAUCCGGGCAUUCUGUAA